CGCCGGCCCGCCCAAGAUCAACCCACCCGCACUCGAUCACUGACGACAGCCUCAACUGAGCCCCAGUCCCCGGACGACGUCAACAUCAACCGACUCCCAUAAACCCAAUACAACCCAAACACAACCCGCACAAUCACAAUGUCGUCAGCAGUAGCUAUUGGCGCCGGCGUCGCCGUCGCCGCUUUCCUGGGCCGCGCAGGUCUCGUAGCAUGGCGCCGCUCGCGCGGCGGCGUUGGCGCCCUCGGCAAGGCUUUCUACAAGGGUGGAUUCGAGCCGCGGAUGAACAAGAAGGAGGCUUCGUUGAUUCUCUCGCUCAAUGAGCGCACCAUCACCAAGGACAAGAUUCGCAAGGCCCACCGCACCCUCAUGCUCCUCAACCACCCCGAUCGCGGCGGCAGCCCGUAUCUGGCCACCAAGGUCAACGAGGCUAAGGAGUUCCUUGAGAAGAGCGUCUAAGUUCCAUUUUGAUUGAUUUCGUCGACCGAUCAAUCUGUUCGGUCCAAUCCGUCUCGAUGCAGUGCAACGCCAUGCGAGGCGAUCGAUUCGAUCGAUCUCGACGAUGGAACUGUGAGAGGCGAGUCUAGAGUCUCUUGGAGGUCUUACACAGACGAACAAUACAGAAUCACAUCCUUACACCACUCUCCAACUCCAGCUCGAGUCUGUCUGUUACGACGAUAACCAGUGUCGCCUCAGUGGACUGAGUGGUUGGGGUAUGCAGCUUCGGCUACGGUAGUCGUCAAACACUGCUAGCAGAACACUGCAGUACUCGACCACAAGCAGCAUCUCAUCAAGCCUGAGCCACGAGACAGGACAGAGUUCGAUCAGAAAGCACCUACGUCAUGAUGAUACGGCCUGCUACUACACAUUGGCCUCGGAGAAGCUCCUUACCCUAUUCUUGUACAACAAAAACACACAUAUGGUUCUUCAUAGCACUGGCGUUGACGGGUUUUUGGCUUUGCGGGUGGCUUGGAUGGAAAAAAAGAAGGAGGCUUUUGUACGCUUUGCACAACAUGAAUAACAUACCCAUGUAAAAUAUUAGUACCACUACG